UCUGGUUGUGCAAAACGGGCAGGAGCGCGAGGGAGACCGGCACUGACUUAACACCAGCAACAGUUGAUGAAAAAUAAAAAGCAAUGGAGAAAGUGAAUUUUGUCAUGAUGAACUAAUGAAGAGAGAAAACGGAAGACGUCAAGGUUGUGACAGAACAUAUGAAGAACAGAAAGACAACAGGUUGAAUGAGAAGGGGUCUCAUAUAAGAUACAAUUUCAAGAAUGAUCUGGACUAUUCUUGGAAUGCACAGCCGGUUAGCACCCAGAUGACACUAGCCCUAUCUUGACAAGAUGGGAUUCCUCGGGGGAAAAAACUCGUUGACCACUUGAAUGCAAAGAGAUAGAGGGUAACAUUUCUCCUGGAAUUUAGUCCAAAUUAUUUGGUGUAUUUUUCUGUUUCCACUUUACCAUACUUUUAAAAACAGAUUUCAUCAUAUUAUUAGCUAAGCAAGGGCAGAUAGAAAUAUGCAUUUGGGCAAAGCACUUCUGUUUUUCCUCCUGUUGAACUGUGUGACAAUGACUUUGUCACUAUCCACUUGCACCACUGUGGACAUAGACCACAUAAAGAAAAAGAGAGUAGAGGCAAUCCGAGGACAGAUUCUUAGUAAACUUCGAAUGACCAGCCCGCCGCAAACAGUGGGCCCGAAUCAGGUACCGUUUCAGGUGCUGGCGCUCUAUAACAGUACGAAGGAGCUGAUCGAGGAGUUGGGGAGAGACAGACAUCAAAGUUGUGGACAGGAUAACACGGAGACUGAAUAUUACGCCAAAGAGAUUUACAAGUUCAAUAUGAUUAAUGGACCACCAGAAAACAAUGACCUUCCCUACUGCCCCAAGGGCAUCACGUCUAAGGUAUUCCGCUUCAACGUCUCCGCCAUGGAGAAGAACUCCACCAACCUCUUCAGAGCCGAGUUCCGAGCCCUUCGUGUCCCCAACUCUAGCGCCAAGAGGAACGAGCAGAGGAUUGAGCUCUACCAGAUCCUGCGGCCAGACGACCACAUAGCCAAGCAGCGCUACAUCGGGGGCAAGAACGCCCUGACCAAAGGAAUGCCAGAGUGGGUCUCCUUCGAUGUCACAGACACAGUCAGGGAAUGGCUUAUGUACCGAGAGACCAACCUGGGCCUGGAGAUCAGUGUGCACUGCCCCUGCCACACCUUCAACCCCAAUGGUGACAUCAUCGAAAACGUCAACGAGGUGCUAGAUGUCAAGUUCAGAGGUCAGAUGACACGAGGUGUGGAGAGUGACUACGAUGAGAGUCGCUGGGACCUGGGCAGCAGACUGAAGAAGCAGAAGGAGCAGCUCUUCCCUCACCUCAUCCUCAUGAUGCUGCCCCCUCACAGGCUAGACACCCAGUCCUCAUCCCGCAGACGCAAGAGAGCCCUGGACACCAACUACUGCUUCUCUAACUAUGAGGAGAACUGCUGUGUGCGACCCCUCUACAUUGACUUCCGCCAGCAUCUGGGCUGGAGGUGGAUCCACGAGCCGAAGGGAUACUAUGCCAACUUCUGCUCCGGGCCCUGCCCUUACCUACGGAGUGCAGACACCACACACAGCUCGAUGCUGAGUCUGUACAACACCCUGAACCCUGAGGCGUCUGCCUCUCCCUGCUGUGUGCCUCAGGACCUGGAGCCCCUCACCAUCCUCUACUACGUGGGCCGCACCCCCAAGGUGGAGCAGCUCUCCAACAUGAUAGUCAAGUCCUGCAAGUGCAGCUAAGGGCCCCAGCCCAGCACACUGGGAUCUGACAGGGCCUGCACGGCACUGAGGGAGUGGAGGGUGGCGUGCCGUCUGUCCCACCACAAGAGUACCUCUGUCCACCCUCAUAACACUCUCCACCCUCCUCAUUCCUUAGCUGAGCACACGCAGAGGGCCUGCAGAGAGAGACGCAGCCCACCACUCUACCCACAAUCCCCAGGCUGUGUCCAAAUGACUUUCAAAUACCACUCCAGACCCAGCAAUCUCAACAUAACUUUUUAUUGGCCUUUUACAAUGGCUUUUUUCUUUUCAACGUCAAGUGUUUUCCUCAUUCUUUUGUCAAUAUUUCAGCCUUCUGAACUGCCUGUACCUUUUUGCCAUAUGACCACGGGCAUUCAAAGCCAACCUCUGAACAGAGGAAAAGAACAGACGAAAGCUGUUUGACCACUGCCUACUCAAGGACAUACAGUAGUUGCAGUCAAAAAGAGAGACCCACUGAGAACCUGAACUUACAGUGCAAAUGAAUAUAUCUAAAGGGCUAAAGCAAAAGCUCUGUCAGGCUUUUGCUUCCUAAAGAGAACCAUCCUUUUUAAUGGAGGCAUAACACAAGGCCUUGACGCACAGAACAGACUGUCUAUGCUGGAAACUAGCGCGGUGCGCACCACAGCUCCCUGACAUUGUUCAUCUAGGACACAUGCUGAUGGACUCAAAUUACCGGUAUCUUAGGAAAAAUACUACAUGCUGGAAAACAACUUUUAUUCAACAACGUAUCUUCAUGGUUAUGUUUACCUCUAAUAUGCAACAGAAUCAUGUUUUUAGGGAUUUUUUCUCAAAUGAAGCAGACUUUUCUGUUGUAUAAGACGAUAAAUGUCACUAAGUGAACACGUAAAUGUUUUUAUUGCUAUUAAUCUUAAACACCUUUUUUAAAUAAAAAAAUGGUCUUGGAAGAAGAGAUGUUAUUAAAUGUUUUUAUCUGAAAGUAAUCAUAAUUUGUGGAUAUCAGUGUAAAUUCUGCAUUUAGGCUCAGCUCAACAAUACAGCUAUUCAUAUUGAGGUCCUAGUCCUGAAGCGUAUUGAUAAAAAGUGUUCACUUUCUGCUAGAAACUGAUUUGAUUGACAACCUUUUUUUAAAAGAUAUUACUGCAACCAUUUAGAGUACAUAUAGACACUGGCAUGAUCAACAUAUUGCUACCGAUAUUAAUGUACUUGCUUUGAAAUGGUCACUAUUGGUCACCACAAUGUUUGGUCCUUACAGUACAACAGUUGGGGAGACACAGGCAAAAGGCUAUUAAUAAUCCACUAAAUUAGUAUUACCUUGCAAUACAUGCACAACCCACUGUUUCUACUCUAGAUAACAGCAUGCUGUCAUAGGUUUCGUACUUGUCAAUCAACACCAAUCACAUUUCUGAAUCUAAAUUAAAUAUUGAGAACAUUCUC